AUGGUUCUUGAAGACCUGCAAGGCCUCAGUGAUUUCGCGGCUGUCAGCUUUGACGGUGCUUCGUUCUCGUCGCCCGCCAUGGCAGCCGGCUAUGAUCUGACCUCGAGUGUGUCCAGCAGCUCGACGAGCAACCUGGGCACCGUGUCGCCAAACGACCUGCUCCUGCAGGAGCCGUUCAUGUCGGCACCCAACUCGGCUGCGCUCACGUCCUUGACGUCUCCGUCGGACUUUGACGACUCUCCUUAUGGCGACAGCUACGAUGUGUCGCCCAACUUUGGUGGCAACGACUUUGAGGCGGGGACCCACGACACGUGGUUCCCCCUCUUCGCCCAGGACACCACCUCCUCGGUUGCUGCAGGCCCCGUGGCCGGCGCUGUUUCGGCAUCGCCCGCAUCGCGGCCUGUUGAUGAGAUUGACGAGUCGGAGACAACGCCCAGCCGCCGCAAGUCGUCCGGUCACGCCCGCUCCCCUUCCACCUCGCACAAGCACUCUGCCUCAGCCGGCGUCAAUGCGUCCCGACGCCGGGAAAAGCCUCUGCCCCCUAUCAUUGUCGAUGACCCGUCGGACAUUGUUGCCAUGAAGCGGGCGCGCAACACCCUUGCCGCACGGAAGUCCCGUGAGCGCAAGGCCAUGCGCGUGGAGGAGCUUGAGGAGAAGAUUGCUAAGCUGGAAGCGGAGCGCGACCACUGGAAGAAGAUGGCUCUCGGUCACUAG